ACGCUGUCGUUCCUGCCCUUCGCCGCGGCACAGUACCGACAGGACGUCCACAGCACGGUGUACCGGUGCCGCGCACACAACACGCACGGCGCCAUCGUGUCGCGGGACAUGCGCACACUUGCAGGUCAGCUCAUUGCCUUGUUCACAGACAAGUGCUCAACAACGGCACGCUGUCGUUCCUGCCCUUCGCCGCGGCACAGUACCGACAGGACGUCCACAGCACGGUGUACCGGUGCCGCGCACACAACACGCACGGCGCCAUCGUGUCGCGGGACAUGCGCACACUUGCAGUGGUGUGGCAAGAGUGGCAGGUGCACGUGACAUCGACGCCGGCGGAGGUGGGGGGUCCGGCGCUGCUGACGUGCGUGACCCCCGCCGCGCUCAGGGACCACUCAUCUGUCGCUGCGUGGUACAGGGACGACGCAGUUCUGUCAGCGGGGGAUCAUUUCUCUGGCCCUACACUCCUGGUGGACGAAGGCUGGAAGCUGAUCGUGCGCUCCGUCCGGAUAGACGACUCGCGCGCCCAGUACUCCUGCUCUGUACUGGACUCGCUCACCGGGGAGCGGCGCAGGAGUUCUCCUGUCAGCAUCGACGUCGCUCCUAUGAGUACGUCAACAGCUCCACGAGCUCUGUGGGGAGGAGUGUGGGAGGCAAGCGCGCGGCGCGGUGGUGACGCCGUGCUACCCUGCCUCGCGCAUGCCAAUCCACCACCUACCAUCAUAUGGUAUAGAGAGACAGCCGGUGGGGCGCUCCGGGAGAUACGCGAGGGCGAAGGCGGGGGACGGUACAGCAUGGCUGCUGAUGCCCUGACGAUCCGACGCGCCGAGCUGGUGGAUGACGGGCGCUGGGCGUGCAGGGCGGCCAACGCUCAUGGUCACCUGACGCUGAGGCUGCAUCUGUCACUAAGAGCACAUCUUACUGUUCAUGCUCAACCUCACACGCAGGUAGUGAACAGUGGAGGCACAGCCGUUAUCAACUGCAGCUGGGCUGGCUGGCCUUCUCCCCGUCUGGAGUGGCUUCACAACGGAGUGCCAGUGGCAGCAGGAGUGGGGGGUGGCAGAGUGCGAGUGCAGGGCAACGGAGAGCAGCUCGUGAUAGCGUCAGUGCACAGAGCUGAUAAGGGGGUGUACCAGUGCGUCGCGAGGAGUGACAGAGACUCCGCGCAAGCCAGUGCCGAGCUCAGGUUAGGAGAUACCGCGCCCGAACUGCAGUACACGUUCAUCGAGCAAGUGCUCCGUCCAGGGCAGGUGGUGACCCUCAAGUGCUCUGCUGCCGGCUCGCCUCCCCCGCACUUCACAUGGCUGCUCGAUGGACAACCGCUCAACACUAUGGCUAGAGGACACAGAUACAGCAUAGAGCAGUUCGCGACGAAGAGCAACGAGGUGGUGAGCUACCUCAACAUCACGGCGGUCAGGUCGGAGGAUGGCGGCCUCUACACCUGCAAGGCGGCCAACUCUCUGGGCGAAAUAUCACACACCUCCCGGCUGAAUAUUUAUGGACCACCGUACGUGCGAUCGAUCGGACCAAUCAGGGCCGUCGCUGGCCGGGAGCUGGUACUCUACUGCCCUUAUUCUGGCUAUCCUAUAAGUUCAGUACGAUGGGAGCGUGAUGGGAACCAGCUGGAAUGGGAGGGCAGUGGAAGCGGCGAAGGUGCUCUCAGGAUAGCUCGCGUGGAAGCUGCCAGUGCUGGUGCUUAUACGUGCAGCGCAAUCGGCCCUCAUGGGGAGAUCGCGAGGAGGGAACUGCAGCUCAUAGUUAGCAAUCCUCCGGAAAUUGAGCCGUUUUCGUUCUCGGCGAACUUGCAAGAAGGCAAACGGGCGCAAGUCAGCUGUAGCGUCGCAUCCGGGGACAUGCCUGUUCGCUUCGCAUGGCUCAAGGACAACGCUCCGAUACCCGCCGACCUUCAGGUAGAAGAGCGGGGUGCGGAAUUUUUCAGCAACCUCGUUUUCAAAGAGGUGUCCGCCCGCCACAGCGGCCUUUACACCUGCGUGGCGUCCAACAACGCCGCCAAAGUUAACUAUACCGCCGAACUGGUUGUGAAAGUAUCCCCAAAGUGGCUGCAAGAGCCCUCGGACGCUGCGGUGCUGGCAGGCGAACCGCUUGCGUUGCAUUGUCAUACCACCGGUUCGCCCACACCUCAUACGACCUGGAUGAAGCAAAGAGCUGGAUCUGCAUCAGACUUCGUUCCUCUAGUCAAUCUGGGAGGAAGAUUCCAGUUCCUCUCAAAUGGAACUCUCUGGAUUGAGGCGGCACUCCCUUAUGACGAGGGCUACUACAUGUGCAAAGCUGAAAAUGGAGUUGGCACACCACUCUCUAAGACAAUUUUUGUAGCAAUUAAUGAACCAGCACGAUUUGAAGUGACUUCUCACAAUGUAUCCGCGAGGCGCGAGGCAGGCGCUACGUUGGCUUGCGAGGCGCGAGGCGACGCGCCUCUGCGCCUCUCCUGGUCGCGGGAUAACGCUCCAGUCGACCUCUCUACCUAUAGAUUAAGUAUAUCGGAAGCAAAGACUGAUAGUGGUUUAAGGUCCCAGCUGUACAUCAGCCGCACGGACCGCCAGGACUCCGGCGUGUACAAGUGCCAGGCGGUCAACGCGUAUGGCCACAGCGACCAUUAUAUUUACCUCUCCGUCCAAGAAAAACCCGAAACUCCUCAAUCUCUGUCCGUGACGGAGAUCCAGUCCCGCGCAGUGCGCCUGUCGUGGAGCCUGCGCUUCGACGGCAACUCCCCACUGCUGGGCUACACGCUGCAGUACACCGCGCUGUCGGCUCAGGGCGCCAUCCGCGUCUCGCACUGGGACGGCGCCACUACCAUCAAUGUGUCGCUGCAUGGAACCCAUCCUCAUUCACAUGUCACGCUCACAAAGAAGGGCGAUAUCCACUAUGAAGCCCUCCUAAGCAACCUCCGACCACACACAGCCUACAUGAUCCGCAUCGCUGCCGUCAAUCAGAUAGACCACAGCGCUUUCACUGAGGCAGUGGUCGUCAAGACACAAGAAGAAGCGCCAUCAGAAGCUCCAAGCGGUGUAUCAGUAUCGGCGGGCGCGGCGGGGGAACUGCACGUGUCGUGGCGAGCGCCUCCACGGGACGCGUGGCACGGCGAGCUGCUGGGGUACUCCGUGUCCUGCGCUGAGCUGGGCCCUGAUGCCAUCGCAUUGCCUAACUCAACCAGAACUCUCACAGUGAACGGUUGGUCAGCCACCGAGUUGACAUUGUCAGCGUUGAAGAAGUUUACGCGAUACGAGGUGCGCGUGAGAGCCUUCAACGGCGUCGCAGCCGGGCCGCCUUCCGCUCCUGUCACUGCCACUACUUUGGAAGGAGUUCCAGAAGCAGCCCCAACAAGAGUAGCAUGCUCGGCGUUAUCAUCAACGAGUAUCAAAGUGUCGUGGGCUCCUCCGCCGCCCGCCUUCCGCAACGGCAUCAUACAGGGCUACAAAGUUAUCUACGCACCUCUGUCUACUAGCCAUGCGGAGGGCGCAGAAAUAAAGCGCGUGUCGACAACGGAGACGUACCUGCACACGCUGCACAAGUACAGCAACUACUCGCUGCAAGUGGUGGCCUACACCGCCGCGGGCGACGGCAAGCGCAGCGCGCCCACUUACUGCAUGACUGAGGAAGAUGUGCCAUCAGCUCCAGAAAAGAUAAAAGCGUUGCCGUAUUCGAGUGACUCGGUGCUUGUGAGCUGGUUACCGCCCGUACAUCCCAACGGUGUCAUAUCGCACUACACUGUGUACUAUCGGGAGGCGGGACGGUUAGGUAAACACUCGAGCUUCACAGUGUCAGCUGAUAAGAACCCCGAGAUAGAGCUGAUGUUCCAAGUGAGGAACCUGAUGGAGAACCAGCUCUACGAGUUCUGGGUGUCCGCCACCACGGGCUCCGGAGAGGGGGAGUCUACGCUAGUUGUGGGACAAGGACCCAGCUCUAGAAUUCCAGCACGGAUAGCGUCGUUCGGCGGGUCGCGGCGCGUGGGCGCGGGGCGCGGCGCGCUGCUGGCGUGCGCGGCGGUGGGCGCGCCUGCGCCGCGCACGCGCUGGGCGCACGCGCGCGCGCCCGUCACGCACCACCGCUACUACCAGGUCACGAGGGCCGGCCAUCUGCACAUACGAGAAGUAAACGAGCAAUCAUCAGGCAACUUCACCUGCACAGCCACAAACAGCAUAGGCGAGGACUCCAUAGUGUACGUGGUGAAGGCGGUCCUGCCGCCAGGCGCUCCGGCCUUGUCCCUUCAGUACACCACUGCCACUAGCAUCAAGCUGCAUUGGAGUCUCCCCGCUUCUGAUACUGAUCAACCCGUUCUUGGCUACGUCCUCCAAUACAAGCAAGCAUCUGAAACGGAGUGGCACAGCAUCGAACUGUCCCCAGAACAGACCUCCUACACUAUGGACAUGCUGAAAUGUGGCACCACGUACAACGCGAAGAUUCAGGCUCAGAACAAGAUAUCCUUGGGACCGCCCAGCGAAAUACUUACUGCUACUACUAGAGGCGGACGCCCCAAAGCGCCCAAGCCAGAGGAGCACGUCCAUACGAACGCUACUGCCAUCAAAAUCAACCUGUAUGCGUGGCGCGACGCCGGCUGCCCCAUACUCGGCUUCCGAGUCGCCUACCGCCGAGCAGGAGACGAGCAUUGGAUACAGGCAGGGGCUGGUCUAAGCGCAGCGAGGCAUGUGGUGGGUGCACUGGCCCCGGGCGCCUGGUAUGAAGUUGCGGUGGAAGCGUGGAGCGACGCCGGCGUCGAACGGGUCACCCUUCUAGCUGACACGCAUACACUUGCUGGAGGACGCAUUCCCCCUCUGCGCGUGGCGCCGCCUCCAUCUGGCGGAGCGCGCACCGGCGCGAUGAGGACAGCGCUGGUGUGGUGCGCGGCCAGCGCGCUUGUGGUGGUCGGUGCGUUGGCCGCCAUUCUGUGCCUGCUGCACGCCAAGCGGAAAUUCUUUUGUUUAUCCAACGAUCACUACUUGCGGGACAACAGGAAGCUGAGUGAGAGCAACGAAGCAGAGAGAGAGAAGCUUAGAGAGGGACACAAACUGUACUCCUCCUCUUCUAUCAACGGAAACGAAAAGUCUAAUGAUGAUUCCUCAGCGGAACUGUACGAGAUAAGUCCAUACGCGACGUUCGGCGGCGGAGCAGCGGCACAUUCGCUGCAGUUCCGUACGCUCGCGCGACGCGACGACGACGCUGCGCCGCCGCACCGCCGGCGAAGACGCGCGUGCGAUCAUUAUAGAUACGACGAGUCAAGUUUAUCCAAGUGCUCAACAGUGGAAGCAAGGCAUAGGCUGCGCGCCGCCCCCGCCCCCACGCCUGCUCCAGCCCCACAUUGGCGGGAACGGUCAGACUCUGACGACUAUAGUGAUAGUGCUGCCAACACUACAACCAAAGGAUCGGGUGGGUCCGGCGGUGGCAGCGCGUACGGGAGCGGGCGGCGCACCGCCAGCAGUGGAGGACAAAACGGGAGCGACGGCCUCUCGGGGGUAUUUGCGCCGGUGCCUCCUGAUAUAUCUUCAUUAAUAGAUAAGUAUCAACAAAGAAAAGAACAAGAACGUCGGGAAUGUACAAUCCACGUCUAACAUUCCAUGGUCCAUUGUAGAUUUUAUAAAUUUAGUGUCUAAAAAUUAAUUCAACAAACCCUUCGAAUGUUCAGCUAUUUUAUAAAAAAGUUACAAAUACGCUUUUUGGCAUAAACAAAAUCUAUUUCGUCAAUUGCUAUUAUAAAAACGUUAAUUUUACUAUUUAAGGCAAUACUUUUAAAUAGUACCUAACCAAAAGGAUUUUUAGUCAAAAUAACAAGUGAUUUCUUUUUUUUCGAUUCGGAAUCAGCUGAUGCAACAAUAGGUACUCUAAAUGAAAUAAUAAAAAAAUCGAAGAAUAUGAACUGAACUAUUUACUAGGGGUGCUUAUCAUAUAAAAAUAUUCAGUAAGUAAACACGAGAACAAGUUUUUUAUCAAUAUAUUUUCAAGAAUAAUUAUUGUUUGUUAAAUGUGAUUAUAAUCUUAACGAAGUAAAGCCCAGUUCAUAAAAAAACUAAAAAAGGACUUACAACUCAGACAAGGCAACUUUGUGAUCUCGUCGUUCGUACGAAACUCAAUAGCUAAGUGUUAAGAAAUAUUUGUUACAUAAAGAAUAUUUACCUAUAUAAUGUGAUUUAUUUAAACACUGUUGCUGACAGGUUUUUAAAUAAUAGUAUACUUAGUUAUGAAUGGAUUUGUAAAUACUAGAUCUGUAAGUAGAUAAUUUCUUUUUGCUAUAAUUUGUGCGCCUAAUAAAAGGGAAGGGAAUUAAAUUGUAAAGACAAAAAUACGUUUACCUUUUUUGUAAUCUUAUAAAAUAUUUUGAGGGGUACAAUACUUAAGCUGAGGGGUACAAUACAAUAUGGCCGUGAUGAAUUUUUGUAUGGCAUCUGGCAUAUAGAUUUUUUGAAAGAAAUGUGGAUGUCAUGAAAUGGCACUAAAUUAUUGGUUAUGUAAAAGCGCUAUAGAAAAAGAACUUGGCAUUUAUAUAAGUUUGAUCUAAUUCUAAAUGUCAAUGACUUUUUCAUUAAUUUUCAUCUCAAUACUUAAAUAUAAGAAUAAUAUUGCAAUGCCUUUAUCCCACGUUUUCACUCUGAGCACCAAAAGGAAAAACUGCCUAUAAUGUGUAGGUACCUACUAGGUGCGUGUAAUGCUAACGUGCAAAAGAGCUAACAUAAUAUUAACAUGUCUUGUUUUUAAAUGACCGUUCAGAUAAUUACGUACUUAUUCGAUGAAUUGUCUGAAUAGGAUAGUCUACCUAUUUAGUUUUGGGGUACUAGAAGAAGGGUUAGAAUAGUUUAAUAUCUUUGGGUACAAGCCAAGCUUUUUCUAAUAUUAUAAUGAAACAAACUAUUGUUUAUGCGAUUUUUACUUCUAGCUCGAUUAAGUGUUCAUAAAUAUAGAAACUACUAAAUAUACCUACCUAUGUAAUAUUACUUUUGGACAACAUUUUUACAAUAUUUUGUAUCACUUAUUCAUCACAGCAGACAUUAUUAAUUAUAACUGGAUAGUUUGUGCGCAUAUUUUAUGUAAAUAGAUUAUUCACUUUUUGAUUUGCAUAGGUGCCUAUUCACUUUGUAUAUUUAACCACUCGUGAUUAAAACGUCUAGAUGCACAAUACUAAAUACACAAAAUGCCUUUGCGUAAUGCUUUAUUGAAUUUCAUGUCACAAAAUGUCAAACCACUGUAAUAGUAAAAAAAACUAAAAUAUAGUAAGGUUCUCUUAAAUUUUAAGGGUACAGCUACAGACCCUAUGAACACAAGAAGGCAAGAAGACAUUGAAGAACACGUCAUUUCAGUUUUGAUAUUUUACAUUUUUGGUGUUAUGUUUGUUUGGUAUUUUUCGUAGUCUUUAAAUAUCGCAAAACAUCACAAUUUUAAUAUUGGCAUUUUUAGUUUAUGGCGUUGUGCGUCUAAACGGUUUAAAACUCUGAAAUUAAACAUAGAUGGUAUCUCUGCUUUAAACUCUAAGUUUUUGAAAACAAUUUACUGCCUGGAAAUAUUUAGUUAUGUGCGCAAUUUAUUGGGAUAUUAAAUAUGUCACUCAGCAGAUUAACUCAUUAAAAAAUAAACUUUGUUCAUUAUCAGUAAAAUAAAGAAGCCUAAUAACGUAAUGAGAUUUAUGAAUAAUCAUUUGGAGGCAUUUUGUUUAGCUAUUAAGGUGAUAAAGUUUAUGUUAAAUAUCUUUAUUUGCAGGAUGAUGAUAUUAUGUUAUUUAUUAAAAUCAACUCGUAAUUUCACAUUGUUGAUUUUUAGAUAAAAAAAUAUUAUUCUAUCCAUGCGUGUAAAUAUUAAUGUAGUCAAUUCAAACUGGGAACAGACCAGUUUAUUGUAUUAUAAUAUUUUGUUAACAAAAGCAGAGUGACAUUAAUAGUGUAUGUUAAUCGUAAGUUAAAUUUAAAACGGCUGUUCCAAACCGCAAAAGAUACAUAUCAUUAUAAUAGACUGCUAAUAAUAAGCCAUUCGUAAUUCUUUUACUGUAUUGUUGGUUAUAAUAGUUGAUUAGCCUUUAAUUAUACACUAUUGUAUAAAAAUCUUUCUAUAUACAUGUUGUGUAAUAAUAAAAAUAUUAAUUUAAUAAUAGGAAGAAAUGAUGGAAAUAAAAAGUGUGUGUCGUACCUACGUA